GACGGGAUUCUCCAACCUUUGUUGACACGUCGGAGUGAGUCAUCGCCAUGGCCCUACACAUGGCGUCCCCGGGUGGCGUGCUGUCGGACGAGGAGGAUGGCGGGGCCGCUGUGUUCGAGUCGACUGCCGCGGACGUGGCGGGUCUGAUGGGGUCGCGCCACUGUGGGGCGGCUCUCCCUGAGAUUUCCCUCAUCUCCCCUGGGCUGGAGCCCCCGACACCCCAAAAACAGAAGGGACAGGUGAAGACCGGAGUGGAGAGGCGGGGCAGUGCAGAGGAAGAGGGAGGCUCCGAGAGGGUGAAAGUGUACCUCCGCAUCCGCCCGCUGACGGAGGCAGAGAGGGAGAAAGGGGAGGAGCAGGGCUGUGUGUGUCUCCAGAACGAGGAGACCUUGAUGCUCACAGCCCCGAAGAACUCCUACAACAUGAAGAGCUCGGAGAGAGGAAUCGCUCCCAACGUGCACAAGUUCACCUUCACACAGAUCUCGGGCCCAGAGACGACGCAGCAGGAGUUUUUCGAGCGCACCAUGAAGGAGAUGGUCGGGGACGUCCUGCGAGGAGAGAACAGGCUGCUGUACACCUACGGCGUCACCAAUUCGGGCAAGACCUACACCAUCCAGGGUACGGGGCGCGAGGCAGGGCUGCUGCCCAGGGCCUUGGUGUCCGUGUUCCGGAAGCUUCAGGGCCGGCUCUACGGUGCGCUGGACCUGAAGCCCGUUCUGUGUCAGGAGGUCCGCUGGCUGAACAGCAGCGAGGUUCGGGCUGAGGAGAUCCGCAGAGACGCCCUGAUGAAAGAGGAGGAGAGCGUGGUUUCCCACAAUUCCCGGCUGCAGGGCGGCGCGGGAGUCAGCUGCGACAGCGGCAUCGGGGGCAUCUCUACGGCCAGCUGCACAGCCACGCAGCUGGAAGACUCGGACAGCGUUUGCCUGGACUCGGACAGCAUGUCCCAGAGCGCGGGGGAGAGGCUGGAGGAGGGGGUGCGGUUUUCGGUGUGGGUGUCCUUCUUUGAGAUCUACAAUGAGUUCCUGUACGACCUCCUGGAUGCCCCGCCCUCCCUGCAGCCCAAGAAGAGGCCCCCGCUGCGGCUGUGUGACGAUCGCCACGGCAACCCCUACGUCAAGGAUCUCACCUGGGUGCAGGUGCGCAGUGCUGAUGAGGCCUGGAAGGUUCUGAGGGUCGGACGUCGCAAUCAGAGCUUUGCCAGCACUCACCUGAAUCAUAACUCCAGCCGCAGCCACAGCAUCUUCUCCAUCCGCAUCCUGCAUGUCCAUCCUGAGAGCCAAUCGGAGCAGAGCACACGGAUCAGCGAACUGACUGUGUGUGACCUGGCCGGGUCAGAGAGGUGCAAGGACCAGCGCAGCGGCGAGAGGAUGAAGGAGGCCAACAACAUCAACACCUCCCUGCACACACUGGGACGCUGCAUCAGUGCGCUCAGACACAACCAGAACAACAGGUCUCGGCCGCCCGUGGUGGUGCCGUUCCGGGACAGCAAGCUGACGCGGGUGCUGCAGGGCUUCUUCAGUGGCCGUGGCCGCUCCUGCAUGGUGGUCAACAUCAACCCCUGCGCCUCCACCUACGACGAAACCCUGCAGGCCCUCAAAUUCUCUGCCAUCGCCACUCAGCUGGUCCACGGCCCGUCCACCAAGACGAGGGUGGCCUACAUCCUCUCGCUGCUGCGGGAGCCCGCCCUGAGAGCCAGCGAGAGCACGCUGAUGGAGGAGGAAGAGGAGGAGGGCAGCGAGGACGAAGAGGGAGACAUCACCAUGUUCGACUCCGAGGCGCUGCUGCGGGCCAUCGACGUGCUGAAGGGGGAGGUGCAGCGACAGCGGCAGGAGAAGGAGGCGCUGGAGGCCAGCGUGAGGGAGCAGGUGUGCGGCGAGAUGAUGGAGAUCAUCACCCGCAUGGAGAACGACUUCAGUGAGACCCUGGAGACCCAGAGGGUGCUGGUGGAGGAGAGGUACGAGGACAAGCUCAACACCCUGCAGAAAAGCCUGAAGAGGUUCUACACCCAGGAGAUGGAGGAUCGUGAUGAGCAGAUCGCUCAGCUGGCCGCGGAGCUGAAAGAGAGGAGAACGCCGGGGGCGGGGCAAGGAGAGGCUGUGGGCAUGGCCCCUGUAGCCCCGCCUCCCGAGGUCCCCUCAAACCCUGAGGGCCUCCGUCGCUCCCGGCGACUGGCCACCUCCUCCAGCUCCUCCUCCUCUCAGGCAGGGGAGCUGAACAGGGUGCGAGUGGAGCUGGACCAGUGCCGUGCUGAGCUGCUGGAGAAAACGCAAGGUGAGAAACCAGGGGAGCUGAGGCGUUACCAGGGGCUGCUCGCCCUGCCCGCCCCCACCGGCACCCUCACCGCCUCAGUGGACCGCAAACUGGAGGAGGGACAGAGGAAUCUGCGGCAGCUGCGGGCAGACCUGCAGCGCCUGGGCGUGGACCUGCAGGCGGCCGAGCGAGCCUGCUGCCGCAACACAGGCGGCGAGAGACUGCGCCACGCCCUCACUGCCGCCGACGACAUGCUGGCCAAGCAGGACCAGUCCCUGGUGGAGCUGCAGAACAGUCUGCUGCUGGUGAAGAUGGACCUGAGGAAGAAGAAUGAAAGCCUGGCCCAGCUGCAGGCCCAGCGGCCCCCCAUGGCCCCCCCUGCCCCGCCCGCCCCGGGCUCCUGCAGGAAGAGGGGGUGCGAGGGCGCGGGGCCCGACGCCGAAAACGUGCACCCCGAAAAGAGGCCCUUCUUCCGCUCCCUCUUCCCCACCCGUACCCCGACCCGGAACAUGCCCACGGCUCAGAGCCCCGCCUCCCGGAAUACGCCCUACGCCCGAAUUCUGCGGUCCCGCCAGCCCACCCCACCCCCCAGCCCCAGCCCCCUCAGACGCAGGGUCAACUACUGA